AUGAAGAAGAAGAAGCAACAGAUUGAUGUCGAGGGUACUGAACCCGAGAUGGAUCUUAAGUCCCUAAUUCACCAGCAUUCUCAAUUCUUCGACAAGUUGAUCGAGCUAAUCCCGGCCAAGUUCUACUUGUCUAAGGAUGAAGAUAAGCCAUGGUUUCAAGGGCUAAGCAAGGCUAAAAGGGAUGCAGCCAAGAAGGAAUCGAGGGAAAACAUCAAGAAGGCUAGGAGAGAUCGGUUAGACCCCGACAAGGCUAAUGUAACCACCCUUGAUUUGCUCAAGCAAAAUUUGGAGAAGGAGAAACAGAAGGAAGAAAGUGACGACGAUGAGGAGGAGGAUGAGGAGGAGGAGGAAGAAGAAGAAGAAGAUGAUGAGGAAGAAGUGGAGAUCAACCCUGUGAUAUCUGGUUUGAAAAAUGAUACUAGGUCAGCAACGUAUGAGGAUCUCCGUGAACGUUAUGUGAGGAAGCUGAAAGAGCUCAGAGGCGAGCGGGAGGCUAAUCCCAAUUCAAGAAGACAGCAAAAAAGGGAGGAAAGACAGGAGUAUAGGAGCAAACGCAAGAGAGAGCAUGGCUCUGGAGGGAAGAAUGCUGUAGCAACCAAGAUUGAUAUAGCCAAAAAUGUUGAGAAGGAGGCGGAAGAAGCUACAAAGGAGCUGAGAUUCAGCCACGUGAAGAUAGGGGACGACGACGAUCACAGGAUGAAGAAGAAGAGGAAGCUCUCGAAGCAGCGUGAGCUCGAGAAGGCGAAAGAGCUGCAGGAGGCAAAGGCAGACCCCGAGAAAGGCACGAAGGAAUUUUGGAGAGCCGCUACAAGCAAAGCAGCAGGGGUGAAGGUCCACGACGAUCCCAAACUGUUGAAGCAGAGCAUAAAGAAGGAGAAGGAAGAGGCAGCAAAAGAACGCUGA